CAGGGCAAGUUUUUCCCUGUUUCUGGGAGAGUGACGGAUGGCGUGGACGGUGCUGUAGUUGACAUCAUGUGGACAUUUUUCUAUCUAAUAUUUGAAUCGUGAAAGAUUCACGGGGACGUAUGGAUACAGCUGGUGGUGAUAACUGGCGGAGACGCACAAGGAGCGCGCGAGCCUGCAGCAGACAACAAACCGGAGCACAAGCUGACGAGUCCAGUGUGCUGCGGUGUUUGAGCGUGGGAAACACGGAAGAAGACCAUGACAUGGAGGAGGACACCGGCCUCCUCAAGCAGGACAGCCUGGAGCGGAGGGUUAUGGCGCCCCGCUACAGCCUGCUGCGGGAGGUGGGAAGGGGUACAUACGGCGUGGUGUACGAGGCAGUGGCCCGGAGGUCCGGUGCGAAAGUUGCUGUGAAGAAACUGCGAUGCGACGCGCCGGAAAACGUGGAGCUCGCCCUGCAGGAGUUCUGGGCGCUGGCAAGCCUGGAGAAGAGGCAUCAAAAUGUGGUGCAGCUGGAAGAGUGUGUGCUGCAGAGGAACGGUAUGGCCCAGAAAAUGAGUCAUGGGAACAAACGGUCCAAACAGUACUUGCGUCUGGUGGAGACCUCACUAAAAGGUGAAAGAGUGCUCAGUCCUCCAGAGGAACCUUGUUACCUCUGGUUUGUCAUGGAGUUCUGUGAAGGUGGUGACCUCAACCAGUUCAUUCUGUCUCGGCAGCCCGACCCACGAACUAACAACAGCUUUAUGCUCCAGUUGACCAGCGCCGUCGCUUUCCUGCAUGAAAACAGCAUUGUCCACAGAGACCUCAAACCUGACAACAUCCUCAUCUCAGAGAAGUCAGGGACUCCGGUCCUCAAGGUGGCCGACUUUGGCCUGAGUAAAGUUUGUGCUGGUUUGGGUAAUGCCAGCGAAGGCAAAGAAGGUGAAGAUAAGACUAAAAAUGUUAACGUCAACAAGUUUUGGUUGUCGUCAGCAUGCGGCUCAGACUUCUAUAUGGCUCCUGAAGUGUGGGAGGGCCACUACACAGCCAAGGCGGACAUAUUUGCCCUAGGCAUCAUCAUCUGGGCCAUGUUAGAGAGAAUUACUUUCAUUGAUGCAGAGUCUAAGCGGGAGCUGCUGGGAACAUAUGUGCGACAAGGAGCAGACAUUGUGCCAGUGGGUGAGGCACUGCUAGAGAACCCAAAGAUGGUACUGAGCAUCCCGCAGAAACGCAGGUCAUGCAUGUCUGAUGGAGUGAAGAAGCUGCUUCAGGACAUGCUUGCUGUUAACCCUCAGGACAGGCCAGAUGCUUUUGAGCUGCAGGCCAGAAUGGACCAGGUUAUGUGUGCUGCAUGACCCUCAACCAGACUGUUUUACAGACGUGUUGCUUCCUGGAGCUGCUACAUCAGUGAGGAUCUUCCUGUGUUCAUCUAAAGACUGUGAAGAUAAAGGAGAAGCAAUUGAAAGCAGUUUGGAUGCUGAAAUGGGAUUUUUGUUUUCUUUGAAGUUGUUUACAGAGAUCAUCUGUCAGUUCUGAUAGCGACUGUUUGCUUUGCCUGGAAUAUUGUAAUGAAGCAAGAAACGUAAAUGCCUGCUGCACAGUGGAAAGCUUGAUUAAACUGAUGUAGCCACACCUCAAUCAAAGAACAGAGGUCUGGAGAAAUUCCCCUCAGAAAACAUGACACUGGCACUGUGUUGAACCAACAGCAGUGCACUGAUUGACUCUAAACUGAAGGUAAGCUGCAGCAUUAGUUUGUGUGUAUGUGUGUGUUGACAGGGGGGAUGGUCUCCAUGUUUCUGGCACUUUGAUAAUAUUUAAUAAAAACGCUGUAAUGUCUGAUACACACUGCUACUGGAAACCUUCAUGUGAUGGAGAUUUGUGUUUUGUUAUUUUGUCUCAAACGUCAGGUUGAUCUUAGUGUUGAAUGUGGUCUGUGCUGAUAGUACCUGCCCUGUGUCGGUAUGUUUCCUGUUGUUUGCCUGUCGUUACACCGGUGUUGUAAGAGAAUGACAGUGCCACUGAGAUUUGACAGCUGUAUGCAAUGACAGAAAACAGUGUCACCGCCCUUUUUCUGUUGCUGGGUUUAAAUUUCUCCAGACAUCUGUUGGUUUACACAGAGGUACACUACAUAGGAGUCAUAGUGAUCAGGAGUGGAUGAUUUGUAUAAAGUCCUCAGUCAUGGUAUAUGUAAUUUUAUAUUGCAAUAUUGGUAUGUAUCAUGAUAUAAUCAAUUUCCAGCCAUUCAGUGGAGAUUGUUUUGGUUAAACCAGUGAAUUAAAAAAAAAUGCAAAAAACAUUCAAUACUGACAUAAAGAAGUUCUGCUCAGUGAUUCUCAGCAUUACCUGAAUGUCCUGAUGCAAACAGCGCUUUUAAAGGCACAGACACCAUGGUAUGAACAGACAGGCAGAAAGCUGUCACAUUGCUCAACCCCAUUACCUACUGCAUCAUUUGAGAUAUUUCUAGCUUGGGGUUUGGUCUCCUCAAUCGACUAUUAUACUGUGAUUGUGUGUUAAUUGGUGUAUCCAAAGGGAUCAAUGGAAACUCCACACAGUACCACUUUUUAUUUACACAGUCCUUUAAUAGAUGUGGCACAUUUUUAUGGUACUUUUUGGCAUUAACACACUUACCUCUUUACUUUGCCACCCAUCUAAGGUGCAAGCUAUCAGUCAACUUAGUGCAGACUGGGUCCCUGAAGAUACAGGGCAGAGAUUUUUCAGUUAGUUGAGUAUCUCAUGGACUUGUUGGAUGUAGUUUUCUAUUGGCAUGAAUGUGAAGGAUAGGAAAGUAAAGCCCAGGUCGAAUUGAAUUACAUGUUUUGGUUUGUUUGGGGGUGGGGUCUACUCUUUUUGAUAUUCAAACAUCUUUAUAUGCAUGAAUGUGAAAACAUCUGUUAUUAAUUUUAGAAAGUAUAAAAUCACACUAUGCUAAUUUUAUUCAGUAGUAUAUCUGGAGACAUGUAAGCUUUUCACAUCCCUCAUUUUGUAUUUUAGUCCACUUCUUUGCCUUUGAGUAGAAACCACGAGGAGGUUCUUUGCCAGUGUUUCAUCUAUAUUAGACUUCAUGGACACUCUAAUUUCCACUCCAGUUCUUUAUACCUUUGGUGCCUUGAAACUGACUGGUAGUCGGGUAAAAUUUGGCUAGCUGCUAUAUUUUUCUUUGAUUUGGCGCUCCAGAUACAUUAUUCAGGGUAUAUGCCCCCCCCCCCCCCCCCACCCCCACCCCCGACCUGAAAAAAAGAGGAAAGUGUGGAUUUCCAAAACUUCCAUACGGUUAUUUGAUAUAGCAUAUACAUCAAACAUCAUUUUGGCAUUUAGCAUUUUGUUUUUGUGCAGCCCAUUUAUUUGCUGAGUGCAAUCAGGUUUUCAAAGGGAAGAGAAGACAGCUGCUGUUCAUGAUAGAGGAGGAGCACGUUUAGGUUUAGCUGAACUGUUACCAACGUGAUUUGUUUCCUGUUCUUAAUACAAGUGUUGGUAAACUCAGAUCAAAACUGAAUUAUGAAAACUGGCAAGUUUAAAAGCAUUGUGGGAUAUCUGUACAGUGAACCAUCGCUGAAUGCUUUAAGUCAGUCCAUCUUUGUCCUGAAACCAAAGGUUGGAAGUCUGCAGCAUCUGAAUGAAAAUUGUUUUUUCAGUCUGUCACAUGUUCACCUAAACUGGGACCCUGAAUAAUUUGAAAGAAUAUUUAUCUUUUUAAUUGUACUACCUCAUGUUGCUACACAUUUUCACCUUUUCUUUGCUGAGCCAUUGUUUCCUUUUUCCAACAAAGACAUUCCUCAGUCACAAACAAAACCUGGCAGAUUUCAAAGCAAUAGAUUUUAUUUAAAGUCAGCACAGUUUGUCGGGUGUGUGCAUUUUUACUUUUAGUGUUAAUGUGUUUAAGAAGUGUUUUUGACUUCUGUCAGUUGCUUGACUGUUUCUUUCUGUUCUUCUGCUGCAUUGUGGGGAAUAGGUUUACAGGUUUACACUGAUACAGAUGUUUACACACCUUUAGCUCAACACAGGCCAUGAUGUACUUUGGUUAAUUGCUUGAACUUCUGUGAAAAGUGCACCUCAGCUCCCCACCUUUGUUUCACUAAUGUAUGAAUAUCUGUGCUGGGCAGGAUUGAUAAUCUUGGAGAUGGGCAAAUGGGAAUGUGUUCUUAAGAUUUUAUUCAGAUUUCUGAGGAAUAGCUUUUUUAAACUUUCAUUUAGAGGAAUGUACUUAAAAUAUGAAAAUAUUUAAGAAAACCUUAAAAUAUUCCUCUCUGUGUCUGUGGAACUGCCUCUGGAUGCUUUCCUUUGGUGUUGGGAUAAUGUACCUGUCAAUCUGUGCAACACCACCGUGUUCUACUAAACUCUAAUGACUAAUAGGUCACUUGUUUUACAUGCAACACUGUUCUAUGCAACUGUCCCUCCCUGGAUACACUGUGGAUCAAUCCAGGUCUGGCUAAUUUUGUUUUAGCCUCUGCUUCUCAUCCUGACAGAAACUGUACUAGUCAACUGGAUCUUGUUGUGUUCAGGUGGAUUACUUGACCCUUUACUUCAGCAGAAUUUACAGUCCUUAGUUGUACAUGUAACUAAAGCCAUUUGCUUGAAUGAACAUGUUUAUUUUUAUUGCUGACUUUGUACAUUUCAGAGCUCUUGUUUCAAUAAAGGUUGGA